AAAGUAAAACACCGGCAGAUACCAGGUCAUUUCAUCUUUUCCCCAUUCCUCCUCCAGCAGCGUCGUCGUACGAUUGAUUCCUUCGGGGGGUGGUCUGUCCCACGGUCAUUGCACCGCAAAGACCCUGAAUGAUCGGCAUCGCUGAACCUCCAUGUGGAGCGACUGGAGGUUUCGCUUCGGCAAUGAAACAUGUACGCAUACUAAUUACCAGACACAAUUAUGCAACAAAAAGAAAUGAAGCGGAACAGUCACCAACACAGCGAUCUGGUAGGUCGGUAACGGGUAAAACAAACCCACCACCGCCGUCAUUCACAACAUCAUCAUCAACAUCAUCAUCAUCACCACCACCACCACCAACUACGAAUACUACACGAAACAUUAACGAUGCUACCUUCUUUCUAUUGCUCGAAUCUUCUUGGAUCUACACCAUGCCAGCCUUACUAGCACCAAUGGGCAUGUAUGGGGCACGGCUCAGGUGCAUUUCUUACGCCACAGGUUCCAUAACUAUCACCGAUCGCCCGCCUUUUGGUUUCAACGCCACCGUCUAGGCCAGCUUCGGCCAGUGCGUUCAUUGUUGGAAUCGGAGGCUGAUAAUCGCAUAUCUACACUAACUCAAAGGCCCUUUAGCCAUCCAUCAGGAACGUUCAGACCGUCGAAAUUAAUGGU